AAAAGUCAGGAGCUCAGCCUGCAGCCCUCUCCGGUUUCUAGAAAAGCUGACAUCAACAUCUCCUCUUAACCACGUAAAAAAUCCUGAUCCAUCAUGUCUUUUAUGCAAGCCUUCCUUGCAAAUGCUAACUUCACAGAAGCAGGAGGACACCCACCAUGUACAGCUGAUGAGGCAGGAGCAUCACUGAAGGCCAAUCCUAAAUUUAACGGUGCCGCAGAUGCUGCAGAACUGGAAAAGGCCAUCAAAGCAAAAGGUGUUGACGAGGGAACAAUCAUAGAUAUUUUGACCAAAAGAACUAAUGCAGAACGUCAGCAGAUUAAAGCUGCCUAUCAGCAAGCAACUGGAAAGUCUCUAGAUGAUGCUUUGAAAAAGGCCCUCAAAAGCCAUCUGGAAGAAGUUGUCCUUGGUUUGAUGAAGACACCAGCUCAAUUUGAUGCUCAUGAACUGAAGGCAGCGACCAAGGGUCUCGGGACAGAUGAAGACACCUUAAUAGAAAUUCUUGUAUCAAGGACUAACCGUGAGAUCAAAGAAAUUAAUAAGGUUUACAAAGAAGAAUUUAAAAAGGACCUUGCUAAAGAUGUGGCCUCUGACACCUCUGGAGAUUUCCAAAAGGCUCUUCUUGCACUUAUAAAGGGUGAGCGCAGUGAAGACAGAUCAGUCAAUGAAGAACAAGCUGACAAUGAUGCCAGGGCUUUGUAUGAAGCUGGAGAAAAGAGGAAAGGGACAGAAGUGUCUGUUUUCAUUGAUAUUUUAACUUCAAGAUGCUACCCACAUCUGCAGCAAGUUUUCAGAAGAUACGCUGGAUACAGCAAAAAUGAUCUGACAAAAGCUAUUGAUCUUGAGCUGAAAGGAGACAUUGAAAAAUGCCUGAUGUCCAUUGUUAAAUGUGUCGGAAGUACACCUGCUUACUUUGCUGAACAAUUCUACCUGGCAAUGAAGGGAUCUGGAACGCGACACAAAACUUUAAUUAGAUUGCUGGUUUCUCGCUCUGAAAUUGACUUAAAAGAAAUAAAAGCACACUACAAACGUCUCUAUGGAAAAUCCCUUCGCCAGGCUAUUUUGGAUGAAAAAGUGAAGGGAGACUAUGAAACCAUACUCCUGGCUUUGUGUGGACCAGACAACUAGGACAGACCUUUCUCAUUAUCAGAACAUGGUAUCCCUACAACCCCAAGAACCUCUGUUUUACUUCCUGUAUCCCAUUAGCUCCAAAUAUAAAAGCUUUUAUGGGCAGUACAU